GCAUUAAUUGCGAAAUAAAAAGUAGUUCAUUUUUUUUUUUUUUUUAAGGUUAAUACAUUGUCACGAGAGGUUACAGCAGAAGUGGAGCAAGUCAUGAAAACUGUCUGGUCUGAUCCUAAUGUAUCUAGCAUUGUUUUAACAUCAGAAAAACAAGGAUCCUUCAUUGCAGGGCCAGAUAUUGGGAAGGCAACAGUCCUAAACAUCUUGAUAAACUUACAAAAGAGUUCGGAUUUCCAGUGGGAAUAGCCGAUGAGGUCGGUUUGGAUGUUUCAGUUCACAUUUCUGAAUAUUUGUCAAAUGUCUUUGGUGAACGAUUCAUAGGGAAAACAAAUUUAAAUAUCUUAAAAGAUAUGGUUACAGCUGGUUUCUUAGGUUGCAAAUCUGGAAAAGGAUGUUACAUUUGCACACCAGGUGUAAAGGAGAGAGAAAUUAAUCAUGAGGCAGAAGAUAUUCUUAAGAAAUACAAAAUUAAAUCUCCCAAACCGUCUACAGUUGAAGAGCAACACAUGAGACUUGUAACACGUAUGGUAAAUGAAGCAAUUUUAUGUUUGCAAGAAGGUAUCCUGGCUAAUCCUUUGGAAGGUGAUAUAGGGGCUGUUGUUUGGCCUAGGAUUUCCUCCUUUCCAUGGAGGACCAUUUUGAUAUGCUGAUACAUAUGGAGCAAACUCCUUCGGUGGAUGGAACAAUUUAGUAAAUUAUAUGGUCCUCAUUUUACUCCUUGUCAAUUGCUUUUAGACCAUGCCAG